CGUGUAGCAAGCAGUUCAUCGGUGGAUGUUUCUUCAACCCUUCAAGCGUAUCGCGAGCAUAUCGAUGUAUGGUAUAGUAAACAUUCAUUCAUUUAGACUGUGACCCCUACACCAAUCGUCGUGUACAAUCACGAUAUGGCGCAAGCAUGCGCCGCUGUUUACAACUUUCCCACAGACACACACACACACACACACAAUGUGUCACACACACAUAGAGUGUGACACACGCGCGCGUACACACUUAUUCCAUUUUCAAACGUAUAGCGUACGAGUAAAACGCUACACACAAAAUCCUUCGUCUCCAGUAGACCGAGAAUGGAAUAAUCGAAAAUACAAGAGAAAAAAAAAUCGUCUUUCCUGUCUAUUCGUGCAUAUCAUUUCAAAGUGAACGCAUUUUCGGCCAAUAUUUGGUCUCAAUUCGAAUGUAAGUGAGAAGAAUAAUAUCAAUUUAUUUGUUAAGACGGGGGCGGUUGUGUAAAAUUCAUUAGUUGUGCUGUUCCAUUAACCCCAACACCGUCUGCUGUCUGCUGUCUGCUGUCGAUUCGCAAUUGCAUGACCACAUCAGUACUACGCACACUUAUUAAGAGAUUAACAAACGACGAAUAUAAUGGAGCCGCCAUCAUCAUCGGCAGCACACAAAUGCGAUUCCAAUGGCAUAAUGAUGCGUGUAACUAAACGAAGACAAUAAGACAAAAUUCAACAAAAUGAUGUUGGCGGCCAAUUUUUGUGGGCCUGGAAUGUUGAUUCCAGCGCUUCUCAAGGAAAACAAACUAUAUACGUCACAUUUUUGGAUCAUCGCCAUCCUAUUGUUGCUUCCAUUGAUGGGGGCAAAUGCCGAAAAGAAUAAAAAUUAUCACAUCCAAACGUUGUGUAAAAACCAUUUCUCCCAAUUGAUGUAUAAAAAGAUUGACGGGGCUCUGUUGUGGUCGCAAAAUGAACGGAAUCUCAAUUGCGGCGUCACAUUUCAGACGCAUUCCAUUUUACAGCGAUUUAUGUUGCGCUUCGAUAUGCUUCAAUUAGAUUGUAACGAUCAUUUAUUCAUUUAUGACGGUGCGAAUGCAGUCGGUCAAUCGAAGUAUAAUGUAUCGUGUAGAAAUACAAAACAGUUAGUCGGUGCGCUGUUUACGCAAACCAAUUUUGUCACAUUAAAAUAUGUCACAGACAAUUGGGGCACGGAUAGCAAUGGGUUUAAGCUCAUUAUUACCGCCAUCAAAGAUCCAAAGCACGUAUGCCAAUCAUUUUUGUGUGCUUCUCGAGAGCUCUGCAUCCAUCCAGACUUGGUGUGCGACGAGGUGAACCACUGCGGAGAUAAUUCUGAUGAGAGCCAUUGUCAGAGUAACAAAGCAGCUACAUUGCUGGGACUUGAGCUGACGUGGCUCGUACUGGUAUCAGUGACAUUCUUUUUGGCCAUUGGAGGCGUUUUGGCCGGUUUACUGAUGUGCGUAUGCCGUCAAAAUCCGAAUUCGUCUGAAAAUCAGAUUCAAUCAAUCGACAUGAAUGGAUCAACGAAGUAUCUGCAUAAAUUGCAUUCACACAAAACGGCAUCGUUGUCGGGAAACUUGCAUCACCCUGCGAACAAACACGGGUACACACAACAAAUAUUGUCGAUGGUCACCGAACACCAACGCAUAUGGCGUCUAGCGAUCUAUUAAAUAUGAAACAAUUUGAUCCAACUAAUUUAUCCCAAACGACAACGUCGACGAUUGUCACAACUGCACAGAAGGAAGAGUGGUUUGUUUGAGACGAACCGCUUUGCCCAUAGACGAUGGAUACGAACAAACAAACUAGAAUUUUUCAAACGAAUUUUUCUUUAGGAUAUCUCGAUCGUGAUCAAGAACGUAGCAAAAUGACAAACCCAACAAAAAUGGAUAAAUUAGCGUUAUCAUAUUUAUUAGGUGAAAAAAGAAGGACGAACGCGAGUGGUAGUUUAUAUUUUGAUGUUGAGUGACUUGAAAACAAUAUUUCUUAGAAUAUCGAAUUCGCAGGGUGUAAAAAAAUUUACAGGAUGUACCCAACAAAAAAAAAACAAACAACAAAAUGCUCACUUCCCUUUGGAAGGAGGAGCCAAUUUAAUUAAAUAAGAUAAAAAAAAUGUCACACAAAUAGUACAUUUUCUCUCUCCAUUUUUUGAAGACUUUUUUUGAACGUAUCAUUUUUGACUGUUUUAUCAUAAGAAUUUUUUUCUAAACGUUUAACUGAAUUAACAAAAAAAAGAACAAAAGUAUAUUAAUAAAAUGAAUUGUAGAUGAAUAUAUCAGCACUAUGCUAGUUAAGGAAUGAGAUAACAACACAACAAACAAACCCAACAACAAAUGAAAUAUCAGUUCAAUUAAACAGACAAAAACAACAACAACACACACACACACAAAGAGAUUAAAUUUUAAGAGACUAAAUGUAGUUUAAAAAGUUCGAAAGACUUUAAGGUCGUAUAAGUGUUGAAAGUAAUUUAUUUUUCCCCUUUAUUGUACCUACUGUAUCGAAUUCAAUAGCGCGAGCGAAUCUGUAUCAGUGAGAAUGGAGAAAAAAACACCAGGAAACAAACACCUAAAUAGAAGAAUAUUUUCCCCCCGAAUCAAAAAUCAUAUUCCCAAUUUUAUUUUCGUAGCGAAAAGAUCAAAACAUAUUUACUUUAUCAAAUCAAAAAAAUGAGAAUAUUCCAUUUUAUUUGCAAGAUUUUCUCUUCUAUUUUUUGUUUUUGCUUAUGAAUCUUUUUUUUUCGAGAGAACAAUUCUUCAAUCUUAAUUACGUGUCACGGAUUGGUAAUCAAAUUUAUUUUUAUGCAAUAGGCUUAUUUACUUUAAUCAUUAGCACAUUACAAUUAUGUUAAGCGACAAUGAAAAAAGACAAAUUUGAAAAGAAUUUAUUUCAUUACAUCUUUCGUUCAAUUUCUAACUGGAAGAGAAAGAGAAGAAAUAAAUCUAACUAAAUAAAAACCACAAUUUGAUGUCAGAGUAAACCAAAUAGAAAAUAAAUAGUGAAUAUUGAUGGCCUGAUUCAA